AUGAGUGGGAUCGAAGUGGCUGGGAUCGUUCUGGGGGCGAUUCCGAUCAUUCUGGCUGGACUUCAAUUCUACAUUGAGGGCAUUAGCGUGACCAGGCGAUAUCGGAAAUACGAGGACGGAAUCAAGGAUCUUGUACGCCAAUUGGGAACAGAGUAUGCAAUCUAUGCGAACAGUGUCAAGCUUGUUUUGAAUGGGGUGGUCAAACAAAAAGACAUUGCACUCUUUCUUGCUAAGCCUACCAGCGAGCAAUGGAAGGAUCCAAAUUUCGAAGCGACUUUGCAAGAACGGCUAGGUACCAGCUACGACUCAUUUGUCAGUUCUAUGCAGCAGUUGGCGGCCAUCGUUGAACGUUUUAAGAAGCUACUCAGGUUGGAUGCUUCUGGAAAACCGCUAUUCACAGACAAGGGUACUUUCAAGGAACACUAUAAAAGAUUCAGAUUCAGCUUGAAAAUAUCGUACGUAUUCACAUUCCGUGUAAGAGGAUUGCAUGCCGAGCUGACAGUACAUCUCUGCCAUAGUGACUACAAGGAGCUCAUGACGGAGCUUCGACAAACGAAUUGGUCUCUCCACAUUCUGACUACGCAAGCUUCGACGUUACCAAUUGGUCACGAUAGCCAUGCAGCGGCAAAGCAGUUGACGCCAAACUUCUCUUUGAUUAAAGAUCACGCGCUGACGUUUCAUGCUGCGUUAAGCAACAGCUGGAGCUGCACUUGCCAGGUACAUCAUAACGUCAACCUUCGUCUGGAAUCACGCAUAGAAAACAGACCCUGCGACAACAAAAACGGUAGAAUGACGAGUGGUGAUGCUUUUCAUGUUUUGUUCCGCUAUGAGCAUGAAGAGUGUUCGGCCGCACAACUUUGGACAUGGAAGGAAGCAGAUGCGCGUAUCAAGCAUGUGGGCACAUCAACCGCGAAACAACAGUCCAGCAGAGACACAAAAAGUGUGCGCUUCGCCACGGAAACUAAAACUAAUGCCACACACCUAGCAUUAGAGCCAGAGACGACUACACAUCAAAUUAAAGAUCUAUGCUCGGCUAUCAUUGCGUCGCAAAGGUCUCAGCGAGGAAUAGGUUUCUCACUGCUGGCAGACGUGCUUACCAAGCAGAAGUGCGAAAUAUUGCUCAUCACACCAGUGAAGCCAUUUCUGUCCGAUACGGCUUCAUGGUCUGUCUCGUCACCGAGCUUUUUGGAUCUGCUAACUGAGUUCAACACUGCUGAUCGAAUGGCUGAAGCGUUGUGGAGUGAAGCUGGUGCAAAAUACAGCAAUGCCGUUAGACGAUGCAUACGUUGCGACUUCAAUCAGCGUGCUAGUAGCUUGGAAGAUAGAAAGUUUCAAGAGGCAGUGUUCCGGGGCGUAGUUGCUCAGCUUCAGGAGAACUAUGAAUACCUCUUCUAG